AUGAGGAGUUUCAUCCCCAUUGCUCCUUUGCUGGUCUCCAGCGUGGCUGGGACUGCCAUCUCGAAUGCUAUUCGAGCGACUGCGGCAUCCGCGAACCCUUUCUCUGGAUAUCAGCUCCAUGCCAAUUCGUACUAUGCCUCCGAAGUGUCCUCGUUGGCUUUGCCUUCGAUGACUGGCACUGCCAAAGCUGCCGCCAGCUUGGUUGCUGAGGUCCCAUCCUUCUAUUGGCUAGACACUGCUGCCAAGGUCCCGACUAUGGAUACCAUGCUGGCUGAGAUCAAAGCCAAGAAUGAUGCGGGUGCCAACCCACCCAUCGCAGCCCAGUUUGUGGUGUACGAUCUUCCAGACCGUGACUGUGCCGCACUGGCAAGCAAUGGCGAGUACUCGAUUGCUGAUGGCGGAGUGACGAAAUACAAGGCCUACAUCGAUGCGAUCCGCAAGAUCCUGGUGCAGUAUUCGGACGUCCGAACUAUCUUGGUCAUUGAGCCUGACAGCCUGGCUAAUCUCGUGACCAACAUGAAUGUCGCAAAGUGUGCUAACGCGCAUGACGCAUACUUGGAGGGCACCGACUAUGCAGUGAAGCAGUUGAAUCUGGACAAUGUUGCCAUGUAUCUGGACGCCGGACAUGCCGGGUGGCUCGGGUGGCCGGUCAAUUUGAGCCCUGCAGCGCAGCUCUUCGCAAACGUCUACAACAAUGCCGGCAAGCCCUCGGCUCUUCGAGGUCUCGCGACAAACGUUGCGAACUACAAUGGCUGGUCAUUGUCCACCUGCCCAUCCUACACCUCGGGUAACUCUAACUGUGACGAGAAGAGAUAUAUCAAUGCUAUCGGCCCCCUCUUGAAAAAUGCAGGCUGGGAUGCGCGCUUCAUCACUGACACAGGCCGAAACGGCGUCCAGCCCACCCAGCAAAAUGCUUGGGGUGACUGGUGUAACGUCAAAGGAACUGGGUUCGGCGUCCGGCCAACCACGAACACUGGCGAUGCCUUGACCGAUGCAUUUGUUUGGGUCAAGCCCGGCGGCGAAAGCGAUGGCACCUCGGACUCGAGCGCGGCCCGCUACGAUGCACACUGUGGGUACUCCGACGCCCUUCAACCGGCACCGGAGGCCGGUACAUGGUUCCAGGCAUAUUUCGCCCAGCUGGUCCAGAAUGCGAAUCCAUCGUUCUGA